AUGUAGCGAUCCCGAUGGACGAGACUGCGCUAAGAAAACGGAGGAGUUUGAAGAUGCCGGACUCACAUAGCACUCUUCAGCAUGUGAGCAAUCGCCUGCUUCCAUACUUUUUGACCCGUUUCCUGUUUAGCAAAAAUGAUGAAUUCAAGUAUUCCAAGUUCAUGAUGGGACUAGGAUUUGGAACACUCUUUGGAACUGGAUUGUAUUUUGCAUUCAUUCAUCAUCUUCCUCUUUAUGAACAUCAGAAAAUCUACUCAUUGUUUUCUCUGGCUGCGGUCAGCGGUCUGGGUUUUGGCAUGUCGCCAAGGUUCAGAUGCUCAUUGCUGAUGAUUGUCCCCAACACCAUCAGUGGACAUGGACGAGCAUACAUUAUGUUCUUUGUCGUAACAGGACUUUAUAAAGGUCCACUCGCAAACAUCAACCACAAUAUACGGGAUGUUGCAUUCUCAAUGGGAUGUACAGCAGAGCUAGCUGUCAACCACACUAAAAUGAUGUUUAAAAUGGUGCAGGCCCCUGUAUUGCAGAUUGUUAAUGAAAUGGUGAAAGGGAACAAGGAAUUUGAAGAAGAGGUGAAAGACAUCAGGAAGGAAUUCAAAGGUGUUAACCAGCAAGUAUUAGGAAACUAUGGAAUGAAUGCACAGAGCACAACACCUUUAACCCAGAAAGUGGUGACCACAAUAUCCACCACCAGACAAGUGUUUGGUAACUAUGGGCUGACAGCAGGGACCACACCCCCAGUUACACUGAAGAACACUCAGGAGAAGUUUAGCUAUAAAACCAAGAUGCGUUGUGAGUUUGUAGUGGACGAAUCUGUUCAGCGGUGCAAGGACUGGUUUCAUCGGAAGUGGGUGGAAUGUAACGAAAAGAUUAUGUUGCCAUUGAUCAGUCAUCUGCUGUGCCUCCCCAUGACCUUCUCCUUUGCAUGUGAAAUAUUUAGGUUGGCAACUGGCUGGUGCAAGGAUAAGAUUCCUAUUGACCCAAACUUUGGGGAGACCUUCGAUCGUUUUUCUUCAUCAGUGGACAAUAUGGAUAAGGGCUUCAGCUCAUCCAUGAUGGUCCAGAAAACUGACCAGAGCUCCAUUGUGGGCAACAAAUUCAGCAAAGCCACUAUCGUUGAAAACCUCAGGGAGAGGUUGAGCAGCAAGAAAUCAGCAGUCAGCCGGGUGAUGGGUGUUAUCAGAGUCCUGCUGUCUGUGACAUUUGUCUUCAUCUUUCUCUCAGCCUUCUCAUAUACUAAUUCCUAUCUGGAGGACCUGCGCUUUGACAAUAACUAUGUGAGCACAUAUUUCAGGGAGAUUGAUGCCCGAAGGAAGAAACAGGGAAAAAGAUAUCUGUUACCAUUGAGGCGGGCAGAAUGCAGUGACUUUAUCUUCCCCUGGAGCCUCUCCAUGCACUCAUCUGAAAUGCGCUCCAUGAUGGUGAGCAUGUUGCAGAUUAUAUCACUGGCCAGUGUUAUAAGCGUAUUUCUAGUGGUUGACUGGAUGCUUUACAGGAUUUUUUACAUCAUUAGGAAGCACUCUUUUGUGCAGUACUCCUUCAAAAGUGGUCAUCACGUUGAGAUCAAGGUGGGUGGAACAUCAAUGUUGGCCUCAUUCCUGCGGAAGACCAUAGGUGCCUUUAAGACGAAAUCCAAUUUUACCAUGACCAGCAACAACUUGCAUUGCCUUCCAGAUCCCAGGAGGAUGACCCUUAUCCAGUACCUCUGGACCAUCUUGCCAGUAGUGGCUCUCUUCAUCACAUGCUGCUUUGAGGUGUAUUGUAGGCGUGUUCGGCGGGUCAUUGCUGCCUUCUUUUUCCCAAAGCAAGAGAAGAAACGCACACUUUAUUUCUACAAUGAGCGUAUUAGGAAGCGUUGCAUGUAUAAUGAAAUACAGCGCUCCAGGGUCAGGAGAAGUGCUCGCUUGGGGACAAUAAUGGUGCGCACUUGGCUUGGCAGACUGUACAUGAGGAGCCCAAUACUGCGGCGCCUGAUAAGCCGGCGCUGCCUCGUGUGCUCUGAACCAGAGACAGAAGAAAGCUUUGUGUGCCCUUCGAAGGAGUGCUUCACAGUGUACUGUCCAAUGUGCUGGCAGGAUAUGGACUGUUUCUGCUAUGCCUGCACACCAUUUUCAGAAUAUGUGUCCGGCGAGAGUGAGAGUGAAAGUGAGAGUGAAUCUGAAGAAAGCUGACAGCGCUUUUGAGCAGCCGCUGCUGAGUGGUGUAUCUGUUUACCCAGUAGAUGGCCUUGCUGGUGUUUCAUCCCAAGGCCUUCCUCAGCUUUUCUUUGAAAUGUGUUGAAUGUAGGUGGUGUUGUUGCAAAAAGGAGGGGGACAUCUUAGCAUUUCAUGGAGGUCUUGGUUACUAUUACGUAUGUGCAGUACUACAUCCCUUGAUCAAUACAUUUUGAUUGUUGUUUGGUCCACUUUCUGCAGU